CACAAACGCGUGCCUGCUAGCCGCUACUUCAGUCAACAACACGAAAAGUGGCAAUAAACGCCACUGGAGAUGGUCCAGUUCAGUAGAGCCUGCCUCAGGAAGUUUGGAAACUUGGUGGACAAUCUCCGUCUGUAUGUCCGUGGAGGCAGCGGCGGCAUGGGUUUACCCCGUCUUGGGGGACAGGGAGGGAACGGUGGAGAUGUUUGGGUGGUGGCGAAAAAGGACGUGACCUUGAAGAGGAUCAAGGACAAGUAUCCACAGAAACGUUUUGUAGGUGGAGCAGGAGCCAACAGCCGUGUCCGAUCACUGAGAGGAGAGAGGGGGGAGGACAAACAAAUCUUUGCUCCUGUUGGUAUCACGGUCACCACUGAUGAUGGCAGAAUACUUGGGGACCUGAAUGCUGAAGGUGAUCGUGUGAUUGUGGCAAAAGGCGGACCUGGAGGCUCCCGCUACACUGCGUUUGAGCCCAGUAAGGGCCAGGUCAAACACAUCCGGCUGGACCUCAAACUUAUCGCUGACAUGGGUCUUGUUGGGUUCCCAAAUGCUGGGAAGUCCUCUCUCCUGACAGCCAUCUCUAACGCCACACCUCAGAUCGCCAGCUACUCUUUCACAACUUUGAAGCCGGAGAUUGGCAAACUGAUGUAUAAAGAUUACAAACAGAUCUCUGUCGCUGACCUCCCAGGCCUGAUAGAGGGAGCUCACAUAAACAAAGGCAUGGGCCACAAGUUCCUAAAGCAUGUGGAGAGGACCAGGCAGCUGCUGUUUGUGGUAGAUGUUUGUGGUUUCCAGCUGGCUAGUCAAACACCGUUCAGGUCAGCCUUUGAAACUGUGCAGCUUCUCACCAAGGAGCUGGAGUUGUACAAAGAGGAGCUUGUGUCGAAGCCUGCUCUGCUGGUGGUGAAUAAGAUGGACCUGCCUGACGCUGAGGACAAACUACAAGAGCUGAAGGAGCAUCUACAAAACCCAGAUCAGUUCUCUGAUCUGUUGCCUGACAUGAUACCGAAGAAGUACAUGACCUUCAAACAUGUGGUUCCCGUCUCUGCCACCACUGGGUUUGGUAUUGACCAUUUGAAAAGCUGCAUCCGAGAGUCGCUUGAUGAAGAUGCAGCCAUGGAAACCAAAGCCAUCCAUCAAGAAAGACUGCAGGCACUGAGGUACCCCUCACAUGAGCAUUUGUGACAAACAUGGACAACAUCUCAGAUUUCGGGCGACCUACAGUGUAUGACGACAGUUGAGUCUUAUUCUGUCUGUUUCAAACUGGAGAAGUACAACUUUUUUGUGCAGUGCAGGUAAACAUCAGAAACCCUGCAGUUUCAGUGCACUUUAGGAUGAUGUUUGACUUUCUUAUUGACCAUCACAGUCAAAGCAGUGUUAAAUAUAAGUGUUAAAAGGCUGCGCAAGGUGAGUCGCUUGUGUGAUCUCAGUCACUGUUGAUAAGGUCCGUCUUUAUUCAGAAAUUAUCCUGUUGUAACGUAUUUAGGCAGAGAUUUGUAUGCCUAUCCAUAAAAGGAUGUUGGUCAGGUAAAGGCAAAUGCAGCACCAGCUUUACCUCCAGAUACAAAUGAUAAAGGGUCAUCAGCAAAAGAGAGGAGAGGUGCAUUUGUACCAACCAGUUAUUUUCUGUUUCAUCUGAUGCAAGAUUGUAUUUAUUUUCUAUUGGUGUGUUAUAAGAUGCUCUGAUCCAAUACCAGUUGUCUUUCCCAAAUUAAAAAUCUGUAUAUCUUUAGAAUUUGUUGGGAUCAUUUUUAAUGCACUUUAACAUGAAGCCAGGGAUGUGGCAGUAAAAAGUCUGCAGCCUUCCAUGACAAACUGAAUCAUGGUAGAAACACUCAUUUUAUAAUGACAGCAGCAAAGAUACUGUUUAAUGUGGAUCAGUCAUAUCUGGCUGAUUCUUGAUCUACUAAAUGAGGUUAGUUUUGGAUCAGUGCAUCACAGGAGUGUUUCAAUACAAAUAA